GUUGAUGAGCUGGGCCGGCUGCCGACGCGGCUGGGAGCCCAGUCUGUCCCGCAGCGGUUCCAGCUGGAGUGGCAUCCGUCUCCCGCCACCCGUUGUCCCGGGUUUCUAGCCUCUGAGGACCGCCCCGACCUUUACCCUUACCCACUUCCCCCUCCUACUCCCUGCACCAGCGUCCCUGGUAUCUGAAUCUCCACUGCUGGCGCCCCCAGCGUUUCUUCCUCUCCGCGGCAAACCCCGCGACCUCCAGCAGCCCGCCCCCGCGGGCCCGAUCCUGCCUGACGGCUCCCGCCGCAGCCAACCUCAGCCUUCCCGCUCACCCAGAGAUCGCCCCACUACAAUCCGGGUGUCCGCCCCCGGGCUUCCCUGCUCCUUCUUCCCGCCCCCUCGGAGCCCCCUCCCCAGUCCUGGUCAGCGGGCAUGCAAGUGUCUAUCGCGUGUACCGAGCAGAACCUUCGCAGCCGGAGCAGUGAGGACUGCCUGUGUGGACCCCGGCCGGGCCCUGGGGGCGGUAAUGGCGGGCCAGCCGGCGGAGGGCACGGGAAUCCUCCAGGGGGUGGAGGGUCGGGCCCCAAGGUCCGAGCUGCACUGGUCCCCCGACCUCCAGCGCCGGCUGGGGCCCUCCGAGAGAGCACCGGCCGAGGCACUGGCAUGAAAUACAGGAACCUAGGAAAGUCUGGUCUUCGAGUGUCCUGUCUUGGCCUGGGUACUUGGGUCACGUUUGGUUCUCAGAUCUCUGAUGAGACAGCAGAGGAUGUACUGACAGUAGCCUAUGAGCAUGGUGUAAACCUGUUUGACACCGCCGAAGUAUAUGCAGCAGGAAAGGCUGAAAGAACCCUAGGCAACAUCCUCAAGAGCAAAGGUUGGAGGAGAUCCAGCUAUAUCAUCACCACCAAGAUUUUUUGGGGAGGACAGGCAGAAACUGAGCGUGGCUUAAGCCGCAAACACAUCAUUGAAGGGUUGAGAGGAUCCCUGGAACGCCUCCAGCUGGGAUAUGUGGAUAUUGUCUUUGCCAGUCGUUCAGACCCCAACAGUCCUAUGGAGGAGAUUGUGCGAGCCAUGACCUACGUCAUCAACCAGGGCCUGGCCCUAUAUUGGGGGACAUCCCGAUGGGGGGCUGCAGAAAUCAUGGAGGCCUACUCCAUGGCCAGACAGUUCAAUCUGAUUCCUCCUGUGUGUGAACAAGUGGAGCACCACCUGUUUCAGAGGGAGAAGGUGGAGAUGCAGCUACCAGAGCUCUACCAUAAGAUUGGUGUUGGCUCAGUCACUUGGUCUCCUCUGGCUUGUGGCCUCAUUACUAGCAAGUAUGAUGGGCGAGACCCAGAUAUGUGCAGGGCCACCAUCAAGGGUUACCAGUGGCUCAAGGACAAAGUGCAGAGUGAGGAUGACAAGAAGCAACAAGCCAAAGUAAUGGACCUUCUCCCCACUGCCCAACAACUGGGCUGCACUGUGGCCCAGCUUGCUAUAGCCUGGUGUCUCCGCAGUGAGGGGGUCAGCUCAGUCUUGCUGGGGGUGUCGAGUGCAGAGCAGCUGAUGGAACACCUGGGUGCCCUAGAGGUGCUGAGCCAGCUGACACCGCAAACAAUGAUGGAGAUAGACGGGCUCUUGGGGAACAAAUCGCAUUCCAAGAAAUAGUUCGUCGGUGGCGUUGGGGCCAACCCGGAGUUAAUCGCUCCAGCCUGCCAGCCGCUUCCCGCAGCCGCCCCUCCUACUCCGGAUUCCUCCACGCAGUGGCCAAACCAGGGUAGCCCUGCCCACAAACGAAUCCUGGCUUCGUAGAGAUUCGCAUGACCAA